AUGGAGAAGACUAGCACGACCACCAACAAGAAAGAAGUUACAGAUAGAAGUAGCUUGAUCGAUCUGGUAUUCUCUUGGUCUCUCAGGGAUGUUCUCAACAACCAUCUUUACAAAAACCAGGUUCCCAAGAUUCCCAAGACAUUCGCGACUGUGACGAGCUACAAGAAAUCAUUCAUUCCUUCACUCAUUGAGGAAACUCAUGCUGAUUUACUCUCAAACAUGAUGACUCUGUCGCACGCACCUACUUGUGAGAUACUGACAGUUGAAUAUUCUAGAGAUCAUAAACCUCCCAAAGCUUUGUUUUAUGAUAUAACAUAUAAGAAAGAUGCAGAAGUUGAUAAGAAUCACAAAGGGCCAAUGUAUGAGCCACAGGUUGGAGAUCUCAUUGCCUUGACUAAUGUCAAACCAAAAUGCAUUGACGAUCUGAAUAGGCCCCAAAGGUUCUAUCUUAUUGCUUAUGUUGAUAGAGUGACUGAUCUUGAAGAGUUUCCUGAUGAUUUUGAAUUCAAAAUACGCUCGUCGAAGCCUAUAGGUUUCGGAGAGCAAGACACACAACAGAGCAAGAGAGAAACACUUUUUGCUGUCUAUCUGAUGAACAUGACAACAAACAUUCGUGUAUGGACUGCCUUGAACUCAGAAGGGGGAAACACAAAUAUCAUUGAGAAAGUUCUGCAACCCAAUUCAGAUGAUGGGAGUUCUUGCACAGUUUGUUUUCCCAAAGAAAAAUGCUCUCCUGACCUUUCUACUAUAUGGCCCACAAUUAGCUCUCAUAGUCUAAAUGAGUCCCAAGAAGCUGCAAUUUUAAACUUUAUUAGUUUGAGCAAAUGCCAACACCAGAAUGCUGUCAAAUUAAUAUGGGGUCCUCCUGGUACUGGGAAAACAAAGACCGUCAGUCUAUCACUCUUUGCUCUGUUUAAGUUGAAGUGCAGAACACUAACAUGUGCUCCCACCAAUAUUGCGGUUUUAGAAGUGGCAGCACGGCUCCGGAGAUUGGUUAAUCAUUCACUUGAGUAUGGUAAGUAUGGACUUGGAGAUAUAAUUCUCUUUGGGAACAAGAAGCGAAUGAAGGUCGAUGGUAAUGCUAACCUUCUUGAUGUAUUUCUUGAUCAUCGUGUUAAAACUCUGUACAAGUGUUUGGUCCCUUUAUCCGGAUGGAAGCAUUUGUUAGAAUCAAUGAUAUGUCUACUCGAGGAUCCAGAUAAACAGUACUCUUUAUACUUGGAAAAGGAAGUGGAAAAGCAUAAAGAGAAUGCUCAAGAAAAUGAGAAGGGUGCUAAUGGAAAUGCAGAAAGUGUAAGCGAGGAUAAUCCUUUGACAUUUGAGGAGUUCGUGAGGAAAAAAUUUGAUUCAGUCGGUGAUGAUAUGAAGUUUUGUAUGGUAAACUUUUACACUCACUUACCAACUUCUUGCAUUUCACUUGAGGUGGUGAAGGAUAUGGUUGCAGCUUUGAGUUUACUUAAGUCUCUUAAAUCUUCAUUGCAUAGCAUUGGCGUCCCUAACAAAGGUUCAAAGUUACUCCUAAACGAUUUCAAAGGUCCAGGAAGCUUUAGUGGUUGGUUUACACAGUUGGGAAAAAAGUGUGUUUGUAAACUGAAGUUGCUUCCUCAGGAAUUUUCUGGUCUGAAUUCCAAUUCCAUUAAUAAAUUUUUAAUAAAACAUUUCUGCCUGCAAAAUGCUUGCUUAAUAUUUUGUACUGCAUCAACUUCUGCCAAAUUGGACAACGCAGCAGCAGUGAAACCACUCGAAUUGUUAGUCAUUGAUGAAGCUGCCCAGCUUAAAGAAUGUGAAUCAGCAAUUCCCUUACAACAGUCUGGUAUCCGCCAUGCUAUUCUCAUAGGAGAUGAGAGGCAACUCCCUGCUAUGGUUAAAAGCAAGGUUUCCGCAAAGGCUGAAUUUGGAAGAAGUUUGUUCGAAAGGCUGGCAGGGUUGGGCCACGCGAAGCAUCUUCUAAAUAUCCAAUAUAGGAUGCAUCCAUCCAUCAGCUUAUUUCCAAAUAGGGAGUUUUACGACAAUCAGAUAUUAGAUGGUCCAAAUGUCAAUGAAAGAAGCUAUGAGAGGUGCUUCCUUGAGGGAAAAAUGUACCAAUCCUACUCCUUUAUAAAUGUAGCCAAUGGAAAAGAUGAAUUUGAUCAUGGUCAUAGUAGAAAAAAUAUGGUGGAGGUUGCUGCGGUCUCUGAGAUAGUUGCAAGCCUUUACAAAGAUUUCAUUGGCAAAAGGAAGAAGGUCAGUGUUGGGGUCAUAUCACCAUACAAGGCUCAAGUUCAUGCGAUUCAAGAGAGAGUCAAAAAUUACAGUAAGGAUUCUGAUGCAGGCUUCUCUGUAAGUGUGCGAUCUGUUGAUGGUUUCCAAGGUGGUGAAGAGGAUGUAAUAAUUAUCUCCACUGUAAGAUGUAAUGGGAAUGGAUCAAUUGGUUUCUUGUCUAACCGUCAAAGAGCAAAUGUGGCGCUCACACGUGCAAGGUAUUGUCUUUGGAUUUUGGGGAAUGGAUCGACUUUGGUUAACAGUGACUCUAUUUGGAAAAAGCUAGUCCUUGAUGCCGAGAGACGGGAAUGCUUUCAUAAUGCUGAUGAGGACAAUAACUUGUCUCAGGCUAUUGCAGUUGCCCUCCUGGAGCUUGGCCAACUUCAUUCUUUACUUAAUAUUGACUCUUUUCUGUUCAAAAAUGCAAGAUGGAAGCUAACAUUAUCAAAGCCUAUUGAGUGGCCGGAUCUUACUUCAGUGUAG